CUGGAGUACCUUUCUCUGGCUUUUCCUCCCACCAGAAACGCUCAGUUUCAAGCUUUAAGGAUGACCUUUUCAACUCUGUAUUCGAGGGAUUGAAAUAGGUAGGAAACCGUGGACGAGAACAGACAUAUCGAUUUGUUACUUUAAGUAGGCUGUUAAAUUCACCGACUAGCGUGAACACCAAAAGUAAACAGUGGUCUGUAACUUGGCUCUUGCAGCACUUAAAGUAAAUCUAAUUCCUAUUUCACAUUUUUCUGAGGUUGACACACCACACAUGCGAGUUGCUUGGAUUCCUUUUCAGCCCUUGGCAAACCACUUUCUUCCUCCUCAACUCAUGGCUGUUUAGCUUGUUUUUAGCACAGGUGAGUUUCCGGUCUAACUUUUCAAAAUAAAACAUCGAUGAGAGUCGAGGAACUAGGCUUUGCCAAAGCAAUGUCUUUGUAAACUAUGGACCAAUAAAAGAGAAAAGAACAAUGCUGAAGGCUUGAAUAUUUGAUGUCAGCACACACAUUAAGACCUUUAAUUGCAUACUGUGUAUAGGUUAAGCUAGUGUAAAUGAUCAUGGAUCUAUCCUGAGAUAAUAAGAUUGUUGCUAGUGACAAAAACACCUUAAUUUAAUCAAACAUACCUUUAUCUUGUUGUUUUUUUCUCUUUUUCCUCUUUCUUUUCUCUGCUACUGAAGGAUAUGUCCUCUUUUGUCACAUUGUUUUGCCCCAUAACUAUCUGCACUUUGGAUGCUUAGUGCACAUAACACAGCAGAAGGCACAUAACGGUAGCGGAGCUUUGACAUAUCUGCAGUAAGAAUCAUAGGCCUACAUCAGCAGCAGCACUAAAAUGUUUUUACUUUAUUUUAUUUUUACAUUAAUAUUUAUUUGAUCAUUCAGAAAGCAUCACUCAUACAUGCAAAAAAUAAAACAUAUUAUAUAUAUAUAUAUAUAUAUUGAUUGCUCUUGGGGGGCCCUUAUUGGCCUGAGCCCCGAGCAGGCGCUUAGUUUGCUUAUGCCUUGGGCCGGCUCUGCCUGUCAAUUUUAAUAACAUACAUACAAUUUCAAUUUAAAUAUAGUUGUAUUAAUUAAAACUGCAUGGUAUUCUUUGAACUCUGGCAUUUAGGUGAAACUGAAAACCACAAUAGUGAAAAAAUAUUACAGUUUCUUUCUUGAUGUAUAUUGACAUUCAGUUAUAGGCCUACUCAUUCUUUAAACAAGUUUGAUAUUUUUAUGACACAUGUAAUGAAAUUUGUCUAAAUUAAUUCAAUUUUCCUUUUCUCUGCUUAAAAGUCAGGUAAAUCAUUUUAUUUUUAGCCACUCUGUCACUAAACUUCCGGAUGUAUCUCUGUUAUGUCCCGUAACUUGAUGGUUUCUUCUCACUUGAGAUCUGCGAUCUAAACAGUAGAAUUUUUCUCUGAGCUCACAGGAGGACGGAGGGUGGAGGAGGAGGAGGAAGAGGCCACUUCAGCUGCGGACAUUUAAGGAAACGGAGCUGUCAUCACAAGGUGAGACAUCCACAUAGUGUCAUAUUAUUUUCAGUAGUCUGUAUGAACUGUGUGAAGGAAACAUGUCAAUGUGAUGCGCACCGGGAGUCACUUUGAGUUGCUGCAAAACUUUUCUGACCCGCCCUGAAUGAAGACCCAGAGGCUUAACAAAAUUUGCUGGCAGACCGACGUGACCCCGUCUAUUUAACAUUCAUUUUUUCACUCCAGCAAUGUCUCCAAGCUUACGUUAAAAUACCUGAAUUUAUUUACAUGAUGAUGAAAUUUUACUUGGGGAGAAGGAAGGAAGACAAAAUUCAUCACGGCAAGUGUAACUCUCCUUUCUCACCAGCUGCACUGCUUCAACUUAUCACGUUGCGGUAAAACAAGAAAGUUAAACUCAUAGAAAUCCUAAUAUUACAUAGUUACUUAUUAAAACUAGGCUCAUCUGUAUUUUGGAAAUAGGAAGGGGCAUGACUUGUCUAGGUCCAAGCAGUUUUUUGUUCUCAAUCUUGGCUGUAGAUGCUUGGACAUUUGGAUGAUAUUUCAGUGAGACAGGUAGGGGAGAGUGGGGUAAGUUGAGCCACCCCCUGUUGCUUGGAAAUGGUGAAAGAAAGUGAUUAUGUCACCAAAGAUUUAGGAGAUAAAUUCAUGAAGUCUGUGAAGGUUAGAAGCACAUGGGUGAAGGGGUGAAACAUUUUUCACUCUUUAAAGUGAAUUUAGUCUGUCAUAAGUUUGAUUAGAAUUGUGUUCAGACCAAAGAAAGAUCAUUUUAAAUUUGUUAUAUACAUCAUGUGUGGUAUCUAUGAGCAACAACAUGAACAUAAAGGUCAAAAAGUAGUUCUGGGGUAAGUUGAACCAGCUGCGAAAGUAAAGGAGUCUGAUGAGAGGAUCAGAGUUUCAUUUCAGAUUGUUGAAAUAUGUUACUUUUUCAAACAUACAGCAGUGAAUGUUCUGAAUCAUUAAAGACAUUCUUAUGUUAAAAUGUCUUUUUACAAAACAGCUUUUUAGCAGCUAUAUGCAAUAAUAAUAAAAAGAAUUAUUGUACCAGUUGAAUAGGGUAUAAUAGAUAAAAAUACACACGCAUGUAAGUUGACCAUUGGAGGCCACUUUUAUUCGGCAUGCUAUAUUAUCAAGACAGUUAUGUUUACACUCAUUCUGUUGGUUUGCAGGGAUGCACAACAUCUGCAUAUCUGCAGAUACACUCGUUAGAGACAAAACUAUGAUUGCCUUGAUGUAGUGAUCUGAAAUAUGAAAAUUGGCUCAUCUUACCCCACUCUCCCCUAAAAAGAGUUCUGCGGUGAACUAUAAGAGAUCCAGCAAAAGCAUGGCUUGUCUUUUCUUUUACACAGCAUGAAAUAGAAAUUAUUGACUCUCCCAGUGGGGUUUAAAAAUGUUAAUGGAACAAUAAGCAAACAAACAUUAGAGAAACGAAACAGAGAGUUCGAGUUUGAGGGCAAUCUAUGUCAACGAGUGAAAUCAGAUAUUCUAUCAGCCCCCAGGGUACAUGAAAACCAAAGGAACUUCACACCUCUCUGAUGAGACCGCGACAGGGUUGGAGGAAGUGACAUGAUGUAAUAAAUCGGAAAUACAUACACAUUUGUCACACAUUUUACCCCUUCAUGGUGCAAACUAUGAGUGACUGUGUGUGUAGACAAAACCCAUUGAGACAAUGACUUGGUAUUAAGUUCCUGCCAGUGUGUGUACAGACCUGCCCACCAUCAUUCAGUAAUAAGAGACCUGCAGGAACACAUAUCAGAAAGUGAAAGAUCUGAAUUCACACCCUACACAGUUUAUGUAACAGCAUCAAAGUGGAAGUGCUGAAAUAUUCCACUGACGUCAAAGGUCACAACUGUGACAUUUCACUGAAGUAUAGCUACCAUUCUGUUAAUCUACUCAUAUUAGUAAAAGUACUUCAUUUGUAGUCAGCUGAAAGUAGUAGGUUCUUACUUUCAACCCACGAAACCUACGAAAGCAUACUUCCUAGACACAUUCUUGUAAUGUAACCAAAAGUGUUGACAUGUGAAGUAAUUUGACUCUGCAUCCAUCACCUGAGUCAUGGCUGAUUGUGCAGGGACACUGGAUAUUUCAAUCCAAAACUAACGUGUAAUGUUUGAAAUAAAUAAAAAUGACUGCAAAUGCAACAAGCAGAAUUUUAAGAUUUUAAGAUGUAACGCGUAUUUCAAGGAAUCUAUCAAUACAAUUUUGGCUUGAAAUAUCUUAAAUUUGGACUUUUCAGGUCAAUGAGGCUUAAAAUGAACAACAUUUUAAAUUUUGUUAAGAAAUAUGACAGAUUACAUUAAAAGAUUUGAGUUUUUUGCUGAGUAGUCAUCAAGCAAUCACCUGGUCGCAUGCAGAUGAUAGAUAGCUUUUAUGUUUUUAGUGAUACUUUCUACAGAACAGCAAAAUGACUGAUUUGCUGUUACAGUUAUGUGUGUAAAUGUAUUUAGUCACCAUUCACCCCUGAGCUGUUAGGUCUUAAAUAGAAGCACAACACUCCACACCCAGGUGACAGUGCCUUAACACACAGAUGAAACUUUGUCUUCAGUGAAAAACGACAAAGCGCAAGUUCUUGGUAAAUAGCGCCCAGUGAAGACAUGACCCUGUUGUGGGAUAAAGAGACUUUAUUAACACAUAUUCAACUUUUGUGUAAGUGAGACAGCAACAAUUUGUUGUUGUUCAGGAGAAAAUCCAUGGCAGUUUUCUGCAUUUUCUUGAAACUGAUUCGUGCAGGUUUCAUUCUCAACCAUGCAAACAUUAGAGAGCCUGAGGGUCUGCUUAUCCCCCAUCUGCUCCGGCAUCCUGAAACCAGGUAGCACUGUCCCUUUAUUGCUCUGUUUCAGCCAUAACAGGAAAUUUAGGGUAAGCCAAGCAUCCAUGACAGUUCAAUUAAAACUGCUUUUUUGAAACAACUCACCUGUAAACAUUUGAAACACAUUUACAAACAGAUCACAGCUGUCAAGCUCGAAUUGAUGGCAAAUACUGCAGAGUAAUAGACAGCAGGAUGGCUAUACCCAUAACAUAAUUAUGAACAAAGACAAAUAAUGAAAAAAGAAGACAAACAAUGACAACAAAUACAACACAUCUUUUAGUGUAAACUACAAAAGCCAUAGUGCUCAAGAGAAAGCAAGUAUGAAUGACUGAAUUAGCUCAUUGACAUACAGCAGUCUAAUGUAAUUUCAUUGGUCCUCGUUUUUAUUUGAUGUGAGUUUAAAUGAGGUACAGAAGGUACAAUAUCUGCAGAAACUUAUUUGACUUUCAUGUAAAAAAAAAUACAUGCCAUUUAUAGCACAAGGUAAAAAUUUUACACAAAAGCCAGAUUUUUAAAAAUAUGGUUAGCUGUCUUUAAAAAAACAUAAUCAUAAAAAUAAUCGGAAACAAAUACAAUAAUGCUAAAUGAAGGGAUGCACUGGGCUCUUAGCAGUGGAUAUUAAAGGGUGUUGAAUGACAAUAUAAACUGUGUUCUGCAGUAUGAGAUAGCAGGUUGACUUGAAAAUGGCCUUCCUGAUAUGAUAUUUUAUGGGUAUUUAUUUUCACUUUGAGAUUGUAUGUGUGGCUGGAUGGAAGCUACCCAGGGACCCAUGAUACUCAGACAAACGCAACAUAAUGAAAAUCAUGUAAAUCAUGUUUGGUCGGGAGAAAAUCACCUGUCGAUAGUGUUCUUGGGUUAAAAUAAAACAGUUGUUUAUUUGCAGCCUGUGAUUGCAGUACUUAGUUUACCCUUUUUGAAGCAUUAUGCUUUGUUUUUGACCCCAGGUGUUUAUACAAUGAUACCAAUCCAAAAAGCUGAAAAUGCAUCAACUUGAAAAACAAAUUUGUUUUGCUUUGUUUUUGAUCUUUGAAAUUUUGUUUGCAGGAACCAGCCACUGAUAGUCAUGGCGACCAUUAUGAUGGAGAAAAUCGGGCGAGUGUUUAUCAGCCUGCAGCAGAUCAGAGAGGUACCCCGGAUACUAACCGAGGCUGCGCCCUCCAUGCCUGGUACUGUCAGAGACGCUGAAGUCCCCUCCUACUUCAGAGAGCGCCACGUCACCACCGGUUACCGACCGCUAAACCAGAACUGGCGGUACUACUUCUUGUCUCUAUUCCAGCGGCACAACGAGACCAUCAACGUUUGGACUCACCUUUUAGCCUGUUUAAUUCUUCUGGUGAAGCUUUUCCAGCUCUGUGAGACCGUAGACUUUGUUAGUGAUCCUCAUUCAUGGCCUUUGUUUGUCCUCGUUCUGUCCUCGAUGAUCUACUCUGCAUUCAGUGCAUUAGCGCACCUACUGGGGGGCAAGUCUGAGGUGUAUCACUAUGUCUUCUUCUUUCUGGAUUAUGUCGGGGUGGCACAGUAUCAGUACGGCAGCGCUAUAGUCCACUUUUAUUAUGCUGUGGAUGAGAGCUUGCACAGCUACAUGAAUGGGAUCUUCAUGCCUGCAGCUACUGUCCUCAGCUGUCUGUCCUGCCUUGGGUGCUGCUAUGGUAAAUACCGCAACCACCACCUUCCAAACUGGGUGCGCAAGGUGUGUCAAGUGGUUCCCUCUGCACUUGCCUAUACCUGGGAUAGCAGUCCUGUGGCUAAAAGACUCAUGUACUGGUCUACGGCAACCGACGACCCAGCUAUUGUCUAUCACUUCGGGCAGGUGGCUUUCUUCCUCAGCUGUGCCUUCUUCUUCACCUUUCCCCUGAUGGAGCGCUGCUUACCUGGGCGUUGUGAUUUUAUCGGACAGAGUCACCAGAUAUUCCAUGUUUUUCUGUCAUGCUGCACCCUGUGUCAGAUCCAGGCCUCGUAUCUUGACUAUACGGGCCGUAGAGAGCUGUACUCAGGUCUGCACAGGAGUGGAGAGGCUGCACUUUAUGUGGGACUGUAUGUUCUCACUUUAUUAGUAUGUUCACUGAUUGUUGUUUUCAUGUUAAGGAAAGUCAAACGAGUGCUUGACUCUAGAACUAAGUCAAAAUAAUAGACUAGAUGUUGUAGGAAAUAUGCGCAAACGCAAUCACACGUUUCCGCUUACUGCCAUGGUGUAAAGGGUACUAAGUAUUUGUUGCACCCCAGUGUUAUGUAAAAGGGUGUUGAAACAGACAGUAGGAGAGAUACACAAUUAUAUCUGACAAUAGUAUCAUGACAAAAACUUGUGACAUAACAAUAUGAAUUUAGUACAAUAACAGCAUUUUUAUGCAUCAGUACAGGAUGGUGUUUUACUGUAUUUUUCAUUGAGAAGAGAACAAAUCUGAUUCCUCACACCAACAAAUUAUUGACUAUUGCACAGACCAAUUUACAAGAGGUUGUUGCAAUUUUAUUUUUGUAUAUUAUAAUGCUAGUAUAAUAUCUAAAAAAGCAUACAGAAAUGUUAAAAUAUUUAUUAUGUUGAAAAUGUUUAAGUAGAGUUUUGUUGUACUGCUAUAAUUUUAGAUUUACAUUCCUUAAGAACUAACAUAUUGAUAUUUUUGUUGGUAAAAACACUGAUCACAGAUCGUGGGGAAACUUUUUGUACUAAAAAUGUAUUUAAUGAAUAAAUUAAGAGUCAAGCACUUUUAUACAAACCCUAUUCCGGUAAUGCUGUGCAAAUGGUUGAUAAAACAUAUGGGGUGGUUUGAAAGUUAUUUAAAUCACCAUAUUGAAUAGUAAUGAAAUAGUUGGAAAAAAAAAGUUGAAACAGAAAAUUGUAUUACUUCAUUAUAUUAUACUUUCUCACUUAAAAUUUGAUGCCAGUAACUUGUUUAAGAUAAGUUGGGAUAAAGACAGCAUAAGUGAAAAAGUUGAAGAAGGGAAUGAAAAAGAAAAUUGGAGGAACAUCUCCUGACUAGUUAGGUUAAUCUGCCGCAGGUUUUUAAUGUGAUUUGAUAUUAAAAAACAUUCCAGAGAGGCUGAGUCUUCCUGAGUAAAUAAAAAUAGGUAGAGGUUCACCAGUCUGUAAGAGAUCGUGUGAGCAAAAAGAUGCUGCAGAAUUAUGGUCCUGAGUGUAAAGAAUUUGGUGAUUUUAUCAUUUACAGUGCAGAUAAUUUGGUUAAUGGCAAAAAAAGCGAACCAAGGUUCUCAGGUGACAAUGUGUUAAAAAGAGGCAUGACCCUGUAGUGGAAAUCACUGCAUGGGCUUAAAAUGACUGAUAGAAACCAGAUAUGGAAAUAACAUUUUUCAGUUUCAACAUUUUAUAUUUUGUCUCUGUAAUACUUUCAGUUGAAUAUUGGGUAAAAAUAAUUAGCAAACCAUCAAAUUCUGUUUUAUCAACAUUUCACAAAGCGUCCCAUCUUCUUGGAAUUGGGGUUGUGCAGUGUGGCAAUGAAAAAGAUGUAGGGCUACCAUUGUACAGGGGCAUAAUGUAGGAAAUGUGGGGCCUUCUAUUGUGCCUUGACAGCCUGUUUGCACAUCUAAUGUUGAAUUCAGCAAACAAUUGUACUGAUAGAGUUAACCUUUUGAAAUAUAUUCUUACUGUUUUUAUUAAAACGCACUGCCUUUAGACUGUAUAAUAGAAAACUGAAUAUUUUUUUAUGAAAGGUCAGGUAUUAAAAAAGGUGUCAUAACUUUUAUAAGGCACAGAAUGUAUGUGUUGUUUUUGUGACCUACUGGAAAUCCUGUUUGUACGUUUUGAGUCAAGGGAAAAGUGAGUAUCUGUAUUAUUUGAGUGUACUAAUCAAAGAAAAUAGGUAUCAUGAAAGGUUUUUUUUUUCCAAAACAUUGAGAAUACUGGAGAUAUCUCUUGGAGACUGGAACAGAGUUUCGGACAAAAUAAGUUUAUCAUCUCCUGAUAUCCUACUUGCCACUGUUUUAUAUCGUCAACAAAAAUAUUAAACAUGUUUCAGAAUAAAUGUCAAAGUCCCUGUGGAUGCAUAUUAGAUAUAGUAUACAUGUCCUGUAUGUAAGGGUAAUGUAUGGGAUAUGAAUGAUUGUGUAAAUUUAAAUCCUAACAGGUUGAGCAGGUCCCUAAUGUAGAUCUUUGUAAUUGACACACCUUUGAACAUAAAUAAAACAAAUGUCACAGCUUUUUAACUUUGUUGCUUUUAUCACUACUGCUCAUGGUUGAAGUAAACUUAUAAAAAUCUGCAAAGAGCUCACCAGUUCUGCUGCUGUUGCCUGGAUUGCAGGACAGUCAUGUUGCUGAAAUAAACUAGAGUUCUCCCCCAUAUUCACACAUGUUGACCUUAUUUGAUUUACACAAGUGUCUUCUACAUGUUGUUUGUUAACCCAGUUUUAUCAGGGGUAUUAUCAGGAACAUGAUGACAAUGGAGUGAACAAUGAGCUCUCCUUUUGUCUUAUCUGUAAAACAUAGUUCAUGAUGCACUGGGCCAAGUUCUUUGAUACUGGAAUUAAGCAAAGGCAACGUUAUGAAGAAGUCAUGGAUAAACCUCAUUUGCAUCAUCAAAUACAAUUGAAUGCCUACCCUAUUGUUUUAUGUACUGAGAGCUCCAAAUAAUAAUUUAGUUUAACAUCAAAGUAUUGUAUAACACAUAGUUAUACAACUGUUGCUAAUUUAUACAUUACCAUUGCCAAAUUCAAUGGCCUUUUGCUUCCUAUGUUAGAAUUUACCCGCUGUUUGCACAUAGAUCUCAGAUGUUUUCCUACUUAGAAACAAGAAAAGUAGGAUAUGUUUCCUGGGCCUCAGUCCAAGAAAAACAGGUUAAGAUGACAAGAUGUUAUUCAUACUUGUUGAUAGCGUAACAAUAAACAACAACUGUCACAUUCAUUUGAAUACUGUAUGAUUUUUGGCAUAAAAAGUUCAAAUCUCAGGGCCCGUAGAUAGCCUAGUGGGUUAAAGGGCAUCCCACAUAUGGGGACCAUGGUCUCUACAGCAUUUGUGCAUUUAAGUCCAAUGAAUGAAUCUUGACACUUAUCGCUAUGUGCAGCUCUGGGAAUCUGUAGGAAUCUCUGAUCACUCUCUGGUCCAUCUCAUCCUGACCUACAAGCAGAAAUUAAAAACUGUUUAACCUGUAGUGAGGACUGUUAAAAAUGGACUAACGAGUCAAAGCUGGAGCUUCAGGCCUGCUUUGACUGCACAGAUUGGAGUGUCUUUGAAACUGCAGCCACAACUCUCAACAAACUCACUCACACUGUGACAUCCUACAUCAGCUUUUGUGAGGACAUGUGUGCACAGACUAAGACUUUCUGCCGAUGCAACAAUAAACCCUGGUUCACACCCAAGCUGUGUCAGAUCACUGUACGUUAAAACCAGCCAACACAAAGACAGUUUCUUCCCUCUGGCUGUUAGUCUGAUGAAUGCCCAAUGUUCACUGAAGUGCUACUGUGACUGUAAAUGACUUAUAUAACAGUUUUAACUGCUUAUCCAUAAACACUCCUCUUAUCAGACACAUACCUCUGCACACUGUAUUUGAUAUGUAAUUCAAUGUUAAUACUGUAUGUAUGUGUACCUCAUGUACACCUGUAAUAUUUCUAACCGACCUGCAACAUAAUGAUGAAUAAAAAUUUUCAAUCACUCUUCAUUCUGCUGCACUUCUGCCACAACACAUAUAUAAGUUAGAUGUCUAGUUCGAGCUUGUACAUACUUGGUAAUUUUUCUAAUUUUGUAAUAUUUCAUGUUUGAUGUUUGUACAUAGAAGGAAAAGUUUACUGGAGUGAAAUUCUUUGUACUUGUACACAUACUUGGCCUAUAAAGCUGAUUCUGAUUCAGUGUUUCUCCCUUGUUGGGCCUCAGCUGUUAAUUACUUACUGUAUGGAUACACUUGACACUGCUGCACUGUGCUUAUGCUGCAUAUGUAAUUUGAAAUCUUAGAAUAGCAAUGAGCAAAAAAGUAUUUUAUCCCUUUUUGUGCCGGUUGAAAGACAUAAAAUAUGAUCCUGCUCGCCAAAACAAUGUGAGGAAUAAAUAAGUUUAAAAAAAA